UCAAACACAAUUUCUUUUAUUUAAUUUUUUUAUUUGACUAAACGCUCGCAAACGUAUUAGCCGCCUCCGCUUCGACAAUGCGUCGCAUACACAACUCGAAUUUUGUGCCGAAAUUUAAUCUUGGCAAAUGGACGUGGAAUAAAAACUUGGAGCGCUUGGAAUUUGAGCCCAUCAAAGAUGCUGAAUUGGAGAAACUAGAUUAUAUCAGGACGUGCGGCUUCAAAUUCAACAAAACGCUGAAUCAAUUGGAGGAGUUAAUAUUCCUGCAGGAGUUCCAGCGCUCCGAACUCACACACGAUGCGGAUGUCAUACUCGUGCAAGACAUCAAAAAUCUUGUGCUAUUUCUGGCGCCAUCCGAGACCAUCACAAAGGAUUUCGUGCUCUUCGUGCACACCUUCACAGUGGAUCGUUUUCUGCGCACGCUCAUCAUCUACUUUGAGUACUACUUGAAGAUGGUGGAGUUCGUGUUGAUACGACGCGAUGAGAUUAGCGGCGAUAAGGCGCAAAUCCAAAGCGAGGACACCAAUGAGAUCAAGCGCAUCUACUCGUCGUAUCUCACACAGCAUCGGCUGCUGUUGGCGCGUGAGUAUAGCAUCAUCAUAGCGGGCGAUGGCGAAAUGAAGCCCUUCUACCACAUUACGCCCAUCGUCAAUAUAUCGCAAUCGAUUAAGGAUAAACGCUUUCACGAAACCUUUUUGGCCUUCUCCACACAAAUGGUGUGGAUUGCUAUGCAUCGACGCGCCUACGACUACAUCGAUUUGGAAAUGUAUCGACUGUUUCGCUCCGAACACUUCAAGCUCAAACGCUAUGCGCACAUCAACUUCACCGAGGCCGAGGCGAAUAUGCUGUACGGCAAGAAUUACAAGCGCGUCAAUUAUCGCGCACAAAACUCACCGCUCAUACAGGAGUUGGCCAAUGUGUCCACCGAGAAUUUGCCCAUACUGUGGAUUGGCGAACGCAAGUAUCGCGGCACCGAUUUGCGCAUACACCAACUGGAGCUCGAGUACAUUGUGCCGGAUAGUCAGUUGACUUUGAUCGAUGUGUGUCAUGGCAUACUCGGGCAUCCGAAGAAAAUCUACAAUACGCUGUUGAACAUCAACUGGGAAGAGGUGCGCUUCCAGAACUAUUCGCAAGUUUAUGAUCCGUACCAGUUGGUGCGUCAGCCGGCGUUGAAGAUACCGCGCAUCGAUGCGGAGAAGAUACGCAAACAUGCGCAGAAAUUCGACACCUAUUAUCACGUGCGCAUGCAGUAUGAGCGCGCAAGCAAAGCGGUGAUAGAUAAGUGGUGUCGCCGCGACGCCGUCAUUGCGUACUUCACCACGGAGGGCAUGAUUACGAACAUUGUGACGCGCUGCGAGAAGGAGCUGGAAAGGGAUUCGUAUGGACCGAGUGUGGAGGAGAUAACGAGCAAGUUUUUGGCACGCAAGAAAUUGUUGCGGAAACUAUAGCGGAUCGUACAAAGUAGCAUUUAAAGGAGGGCGCAUCGGAUCGAAGACAGCUGGCAAGGCGUACCAUAUUUUUUAAUUUUUUUUUUAUAUUUUCUCUGAUGCGAAUCUUAUUAAAAGCGCGUCAUGCGUUCGGUAUACAGACAUUUCAAUAAAAUUUGAGGUUAAGUAUGCUGUAUUUGCAUGAAAUUUAAAUUUAACGGUAAUUGUCAACAUAAGAUUGAAGAAAGCACAGUUAUAAUUCAAUAAAAUAUUUCUCAAGACAAGAGUUGUGACACUAUAAACGUAGUUCCUUGCUGAAAUAAUUUUGAAUUAAGCGAGCUGUAUGUUCGAUUCACCACUCGCGAAGCUUUAGUACAUCCGUAAAGGCUAGAACCUACAUACAAAUUUAUGCUAUACUAAUU